AAUGCAAACUUAUACAACUUUUACUGCACUUAUGCAAUCUUGUGUAAGUGUACUUUAGUCUAAUGAGUGAUGCAUAUUUUAAGCAAAUGGAUAUUUGCAUUUUUGGUAAUGGGAACUACAAUGCCUUUGAGGUGUCAUCCUAAUAUGCUGUUUCCAUGUCUUCUGCUAGUAAAUUCAAGUUUUUACUCACCAGUUCAUCUGUACUAGAACAUAAAUGAAUCUAUGCAACAUAAAUACACAAACAUAAAGCAGUUAUACAAAGGUUUAUGUAACUUAGUAAGACAGGGUUUGCAAAGGUAAUGUUUGUAUAGAAGUUGUAGACAAAUUGAGAUACAUUGACCCAAUGUUACUCCUCAGGGUUUGUAGGAAAAUGUUAUUAGUGCCUCUGAAUGCAAUGCUCCUACGUGUGGCAAAUGCUGAAAUACACAAAGCAAAAGCAAGAAAGCAGUUAUCAGAGCACAAUUAUUGAACAUAUGGCACAGUUUGCGUUGUGGGCGUCUAUCAUUGAAUUAGUGCGCGAGAUUCCCUGUUAUGAAACGCGGCGUUCGCUGUUUCACAACAGGGUGGAACGCGGAGCGGGGGAGCCAAUGGGAAGCACCGCCACGCGUCACGUGUUUUUUAUUUAUGUAAUGUAAUGGUGUCAGAAGCGAACCUAGCAUAAUCUGCGGUCUAAACACUAGACAAAGAUGUUGGUCUUGCGAACUUAAAAACAGGAAAAUAGAGAUCCAUCGGUCGCUUUUUAUUUUGUCCUUGCACUGCGUUGAUGGAGUUCGGAGGAGUCAGCGAAGCCAAGCGGAGUGAACCAAUUCAUCAUGCACAACAAGGGAAAACGUUACUCUCACAACAAAGACUGAGAUAUGAUUGACAAUGGACAAUCAUAGAUAUUAAAUCUAUUGUCAUAUUUAAAAGUAAGUUGGAUAGGGAAUCCUAAAGCAUGCUCUUGGCACAAUUUCGCAGAAACUGCCAUCGGCCUGAAGCUUAUAAAAGCAGUGAUCACGAAAUGAGAUAGGACAGAGCUGUUCGUUGAACUUUUUAAUCAUGCCACACAUUUCAUGCUCAUGAAUCGAGCUCUGUAACUUUUGACAAAGGGCAUCAGCUGUUCAACUUUCAGAAGGAAGCUGUCACCGGAUGAAAGAGUCGAGGAUGGAUCUCCUGGAGUGUCCGAUAUGUCUGUUCCUCAUGUGCGAGCCCAUGACCAUGAGCUGCGGUCACUCGUUCUGCAGGAGAUGCAUGGGCGCUUUCCUGCCCUCGCGAUGCCCCACAUGCAAAGAACGAUUAAAACAGAGAGAUGCGAAAAACAUCAAAAACAAUGUGUUACUCUUCAGCGUCAUUGAGAAAUGUUGCCCAGAAGAGACUAAGAUGAAAUGUCACAUUCAGGAGAAGCUGAAAACGAGCGAGUUUACAGAAGCGCUGCGUAUUGCGGACGAAGGGAUCGAGAUGGCCCCUGAUGAUGUGAGUCUGAAAGUGUGGCGGGCUGAGGCCUGCAUGGGCCUCCGGCGCUUUUCUGAUGCCCUCCGUGACCUGGAUGACCUGUGCUGUGUGCGACCCAAUUGGACGGAGGGUUUCUUUCGUAAAGGGAAUGUUCUUCUUGAAAUGGGCCGAAAGACGGAAGCCCUCAUCCACUUCUACCGCUGCCUGAAGCAGCAGCCUGACUUUGCCCCUGCGAAAAACCAGAUUAAGAAGAUCUUGGAAGCAGAGGGCAUGGCUGUACCGGAAGAAGUUCCACGGAUCCUGCAUGUUGUGUCUGAAUACUUGCAAGAUCCCUGUCCUAUUACCAGCUCUGUAAGCCCCUCGUGCACAGAUGGUCAGCGCUACACACACAACAAUGCGGAAGGUCAAAGUGAUGCCGGGCAGAAUGCAACUAAAGCGAAGCACAGCACCAGUGGUGAGUGCUGCUUGAGCCUGUGUCAGGCCGUGUCCUUCCUCCCCACUGCUGAGGAUGAUGAGGAACUGAUGAUGAAGAGAGAGGAGAAACAGAACAGAGGUGUGUGCAGUGUGGGCAGAGAGUCCUGCCUCAGCGUUCUGACAGUGACGGAUUUUGAGUGCCCUCUCUGCAUCAGGUUAUUCUAUGAGCCGGUGACAACACCCUGUGGACACACCUUCUGCAAGAACUGCAUUGAGAGAAGUCUGGAUCAUAAUCUACGCUGUCCACUCUGCAAACAACCACUGCAGGAGUAUUUUAAGAACAGGAAGUACAACCCCACAGUGCUGCUGCAGGAGAUUAUGUCCCGCCUCUUCCCCCAGCAGCUGGCUGAGAGGAAACAGGUGCACGAGGCGGAGAUGGCAGAGCUUUCAAAUUUGACCAAGGACAUCCCGAUCUUUGUGUGCACGGUGGCAUAUCCUGGCAUCCCUUGCCCUCUGCACAUCUUUGAGCCUCGCUACCGUCUGAUGAUGCGUCGAUGUAUGGAGACGGGCACCAAAAAGUUUGGCAUGUGCAGCUAUGAGCAUGGCAAAGGCUUUGCAGAUUAUGGCUGCAUGCUGGAUAUUUUGGAUCUGGAUUUGCUUCCUGAUGGUCGCUCCUAUGUGGACACAGUGGGAGGAAGUCGCUUCCGAGUGCUCAGGAGAGGACAGAGAGAUGGCUACCACACUGCUGAUAUUGAGUACCUGGAAGACCAUAAGGUCGAAGGCGGUGAGCUUGAAUUACUGCAGCGCCUCCACGACAGCGUGUAUCAGCAGGCGAGGGAAUGGUACCACCGCCUGAACAGCCGCAUUCAGGAGCAGAUCAGCCGGCAGUACGGCAUCAUGCCAGAGAAAGAGGACGACAUUCAGGCAUCUGCUAAUGGACCGGCCUGGUGCUGGUGGCUGCUGUCAGUGCUGCAGUUAGAUCCAGCCUAUCAGACCACUGUUCUGUCUUUGACCUCCCUGAAGGACAGACUGGGUCAUCUACGCAUUGUACUAGAAUACUUCUCUCAGAGCUAGGACAGAGACACAUCAUAUGCCCAUAUCGCUGAUCUCAUCACACGCAUGCACUACGGAAGACAUUCAGUUUUUUUACUCUACAUUUUGAUUCAACCGAGAGAGACUUGUUCCUCUCACCUAAAACUUUGUCACUUUUUUUUCUGAUCAUAAUCCAUGCACACAAUAUCUUGCGCUUGGAUAAUACAUCGGACUAUCUAUGAUAUGGGUUGGUUAAAAAUAAGAUGACUUGUUCCAGUGGCUGUACAACUAUUGAAUUAGUCAUUGAACUAAUUCCUACUUAGUCAAGCACCAAAGAAUUAAGGACUCGUUCUGCACAGAACAGCUGUUUAUUGGUUCACGCUGUUCGCUUCGUUAAACAUCAUCAGAGUCGAUGCCAAAUGUUGCAGCUAGUUUUGUUGACAUACAUUUGAGAUGUUUCCAGUAGUACUGGGCCAUGGCCAGGAUUUUUUUAAAUGUUUAGCUUACAUUUGUGGCCGAGAGGGAAACAGCUGGCCCAAGUGACUGAUGACUGAAUAGGAGCUCAUUGAUUAUGCGUGAAUGAAACGCUUAUGACUACAGCCUCAAAAUCUCACAAUUCCGCCCGUACGUUUUAAUAGAAUCAGAAAUAAUAUUAUCCUCAGUAACUAAUGGGGAGGUACAUUAAUAUUGCAAUAGUAAUGACAGAGAAUACACUUCCUUUUUUUGAU